AUGUUCAACGCAACUCGCUCAGUCCUUGAGAAAAUAGCCAUUGAUAGCCAACAAUCAUAUGCUCAACGCGGAGAUGCUAAAUCUGCUCUUAAAAAGUUGUUGUCAUUUGAUUUUGUGUUUAUUUUACAUUUGAUGGAAGAUAUUAUGGGGUUUACUGAUGGACUUUGUCGGGCUUUGCAACAUAAAUCACAAGACAUUUUAAACGCUAUGCAUUUAGUUGUUGGUACAAAGUCCUUGAUUCAAAAGCUUAGAGAUGAUGGUUGGGAAUUGCUAUUACAAAAAGUUCAUUCUUUUUGCAACAAGCAUGAUCAACAGUUGCAAGAGCUAAAUAGUCGUUUCAGUGAGCAAACAACGGAGUUACUUACUUUAAGUGCAUCUUUGAGUCCUAUUGAUGGAUACAAGCACUUUGAUGUGGAAAAUAUUUGUCGCCUUGCAGAGAAAUACUAUCCGCAGGACUUUUCAGAAAAUGAGAUAUCACAUUUGAAGUAUCAACUUGAACUCUUUUAUUGUGAUGUUCCUAAGCAUCCGGAUAUGAAGAACUUGAGUACCAUAACUGCUUUGUGUAGAAGUUUGGUGGAGAAUAGGAAAUCAGAUGUCUAUCCUUUAGUAGAUAGAUUGAUUCAACUUAUUUUGACCCUUCCUGUUAGCACAGCAACUUCAGAGAGAGCUUUCUCGGCAAUGAAAAUUGUGAAGACUAGUCUUCGAAACAAGAUGGAAGAUGAUUUUCUUUCGGAUUACUUGCUAGUGUAUAUAGAGAAAGAGAUUGCUGGAAAGUUUGAAAUUAAGUCAAUCAUAGAUGACUUUUAUUCUAUGAAACCUAGGAGAACUAGAGUUAAAUGA